AUGUUUCUGUUCAAGGGUUUUGGGUCGGCAAUUAGGCCACUUCGAUUUGUUAAUCAUGGGAUGUUCCGGUUUCAGUCUACACGUGCUGCAAAACCACAGGGAAUAAAAGCCCUAAUGAAAGAGUAUGGAUAUCCGGCACUUGCGGUAUACUUGGGUCUCUCUUGUAUUGAUUUGCCAAUAUGUUAUGUUUUGGUUCAUUCUAUGGGACAAGAAAAGAUUGAGGUGUAUGAGAAUAAAGUGAAACAAACGUUUGGGUACGGUAUUUCUGAUGAAGAGUUGAAGAAGAAACAAGAGAUUAACAAGAUCCAGCAAGACAUUGAGUCACAAGGCGAAACAACCUCGGAAAAUUCUGGGUCGAUGGUCAGCUACAUAUUGAGUCAAUUUUCAUGGACAGAGUUUGCCAUUGCGUAUGGGAUCCAUAAAUCGUUAAUUUUCAUUAGGUUGCCAAUCACUGCUGCCAUUACACCGGGAAUAGUGAAACUCUUGAGAGGUUGGGGGUUCAGGAUUGGUACGGACAAGUUGUCGACCACUGCUAGUAUUGCUAAGGAUUUGGCAAAGUCCGGGAUCAAAGAUAUUACUGCUUCGUCGACCAAGUUUGGAGUCAAGCCAGGCAAUAAGAAGUGGUGGUGGUUUUUCUGA